AAUAUCCUUGAACUAUUCAAAACAGUGCAACACUUGAAAAACACAUUUCUAUUAUAUGAAUUAUUGAAUAAUUGUGAUUGGGGAUGGAUAAGGUGAAUGAAUGGAGUCAAAAGCCAUGAUGGAGAAAAGUGGGCCCUACAUUUGAAUGUGGAGAAGGUGAAGAAGUGUCCUUCCACGCCAAGCCUUUUCUUCAUAGGAGCUGGGGACGCUGAGGCAGAAUUACAUGAUGCCGUGGAGUUUGAGGAGGAGGAAGAUGAGCUUGGAGGAGAAGAGCUGUUUGCCAAAGCUGAGAGCUUCAUUGGCAACUUCAACAAGCAGUUGAAGAUGCAGAGGGAAGUCUUGGAAGAAGAUUCACGAAUUCUAUCAGAAUGUCUUCUAAGCAUAUAAAAGUAUUGGUUUAAUUUCAUUUGGUAUGUGUCUGUGUCAAUGGUUCCAUAUUAUAUGAUACUAUUCUUUACUGGUGAUUUCAAAUACCCACAAAGAGGUUACAUGAAGUAAAUCUUUCAUGAAUUAAUCUCAUAAUUUCAA